CCGGGCUCGCGGAGGCCUGUAGGCUCGGCCCGCUCGCCGCGUUAUCAGGUGAUCUCCAGCCCAGGCGGCCGCCACCCCCUGCACCCAGCGGAAAAUGCAAAAUGGCCCUCUGGGACAGUGAGGGGCCGUGGCCCCCGGCCCGGGCCGGCCGCACCCCCAGCCCCGCACCCCCGCGUCCACAUGGGUCUGUGCUACAGUCUGCGGCCGUUGCUCUUCGGGGAUCCGGAGGACGUCCCCCGCGCCUCCUCGGAAGCGCCUGCAGAGGACGCGCGGCCCGGCCCGGCCCCCGUCCCGGCCCCGACCCCCGCCCUGGCCCCGGUGGCGGUGCGGGGCGACGCGGCCCCGGCCCCUCUCCCUCCGGGCGCCGGCGGGAGUCUGGCGUGCGCGCGGCCCAAAGCCGCCCCGAAGAAGGAGCGGCGGCGGCGUCCGGAGCAGCUGCGAGAUGAGGAGCGCGAGGCGGAGCGGGAGGCGAGGAAGGUCAGCAGGGGCAUCGACCGCAUGCUCCGCGAGCAGAAGCGCGACCUGCAGCAGACGCACCGGCUCCUGCUGCUGGGGGCUGGCGAGUCUGGGAAGAGUACUAUUGUCAAACAAAUGAGGAUCCUGCAUGUCAAUGGAUUUAAUCCUGAGGAAAAGAAACAGAAAAUUCUGGACAUCCGGAAAAAUGUUAAAGAUGCUAUUGUGACGAUUGUUUCAGCGAUGAGUACUAUCAUACCUCCAGUUCCACUGGCCAACCCAGAAAACCAAUUUCGAUCAGACUAUAUCAAGAGUAUAGCUCCAAUCACCGACUUUGAAUAUUCCCAGGAAUUCUUCGAUCACGUGAAGAAACUCUGGGAUGAUGAAGGCGUGAAGGCGUGCUUUGAGAGGUCCAACGAGUACCAGCUGAUUGACUGCGCCCAAUAGUAAGUGAGCUUCUGGGCACAGCCUGGCCUCUCUGAAGCUACCCUUACACCCUCGGUUAUGCUGCCCUCCCAGGGUAACUGAACUCUCUUGAGUGCAAGGAACAAAGCGUUAACAUCUUCCUACAGGAGUCAGCUUUGAAAAGGGUACAGGUUCGGUAGAUGGAAAACUGAAACUCCAUCGGGAAUCAGUGUUUCAAGGAAGAACCAGAAACAGGUGUAUUCAUUUUACUCAGACCCUUGUUUUCAGUUCUGUUCAUCUCUUUGCUUUCUAUAAAAUUACAGGCGUAUCUAUAAAUUAGAAUGUACUUAGAUAUUUGUUAUUUUAUUUUCACUUUGGAACAGGGCCCCCAGAUUAAAUUUUAAAAUAACAUCCACAUCUGUAACCAAGCCCAAGGUCUUACUUAAAGUAAUAAGGACUCAUCCUAUACAUGUUAGAAGUAGACCAGAACACUGAAAGUAU